AUGGCCACCAUACGACCCGAUACCUUCACGGGCACUAAAGAGGAUCUCGCCGGCCGCGAAUUCUUGACUCACUGUCCGCCGGAUUUACCACCUCGCCAUCGAAUUGUGGCUCUUUUAGGCACGACAGAUCUCAAUGAUGCAUGCCAGCCAAGUGAAGACGGAUGGUUUGUAUCGGAUUUUUACCUUUUUCAUUAUCUGCUUGCACCGCGCUUCCCACGUCCACCGAACCAAUUUUGGUUAACUUGCGAGGAUCCUAGUAUCCUCAUUCAAAAGUAUGGUGAAUAUCUUCAUGGCGACUCAACUGGUGAUCGCCGCAUUGUCCUCGACGCUCAGCUGCUUCCUGAUAUCUUGGCCGCUGGUAAUUUGCGUGUUGUUUCACAAGAGGCUCUACUUGAGCGGUAUCUGAAUACAGUUCGCGAGCAAGCCAUUGAAGCCGACCGCCUUGAAGAACACUUGGUGCUGCUAAUAUUUGGACAUGGUUCAUUGGAUCAUCACGUUUUAGUAGGAAAAAACUUCCUGGAAAUGAAGGAUAUACAACGCAUACUCCGAGGAAAGUCUCUUGUCACCACUUUUUCUACAUCGUGCUACUCGGGGGGAUGGCUUGUUAAGCCAGACAUCAGACAACAACAGUUGAAUGUGACUGGUGUUACCGCAGCAGGGCAAGACACAGAAUCUUCUUCAUGGCCCCUGAGUGGAAGUGUAGGGCGUGCUAGCGGCAGCUUAGCAACAUCCGCAGUUGUACAAUGCCUCAUUGAGGCGCAGACUGAUGAAGCCCAAACAGGCACUGAGAAUCCAUUGGACAUUGGGGAAAUAAUGGCUCACCCGACGUACAUCCAGCUGGCAAAGUCUGCAUAUGACUGUGUCAAGAAUAUGGGGAUGCUUGGAGACUGCCAAGCACUCUUUUUUUCGGCUGAGAAUGAUGAGUGGGAGUUGAGCUACCAGCCCCGGCUUGGACUCCCAUUAUUGAGCUACAAGCAAAAGUGGGAAGCUCUUCGAUAUGCGCCGCCAUCAUCUACCCCCGCUCCAACGAACCAAGGAUUACCCGGCGGAGACAGACGCCCUCUUAAGCGUUUGCAGUACCUUGCUGAAGAGUACUUUGCAGCGCAACCGGGUCCGGACAACUCCGGUCAAAAUGUUGCGCUACAUUCCUGUCUCCAACGAGCUCUAAAGAGUGAAAGCUUCACAAAGGAAAAGCUACACGACCUUACAGAAAACACGGCCUAUCGACUAGGAGCGAUGUAUGAAGCUGAUUACCUUAGGCAACAGGCAAAAUUUGACUACCCAUCAAUCUUUGAGAUUGAUCCGAACACCAUCCUGGCACGCAAAGGAUCCAUCGACUACCAGCUAAGGAGUAAGACAUGGGACAUGCUUCUCGCUCAAAAUAUAAAUACGACUCCAAUUGGCAUCAAGUUACAGUGGGGGAAACCCACACAAUACCUCCUGCUCGCGUUAAUUGAAACAUCGGGAUCCUGGGAAACCAUUGAAAGCCACAUCAACGUGAUGGCUGCGAUGAAGAAGACCUGGUGCCGAUUCAUCUUCCAUGCUUGGCAAGGCCAUCGAGUCUCUCACGACGACCGUGUGAUCAAGACACACCGCGCAUUCAUAGAAGCUUUGAAGAAGGUCGGGGAAUAG